UGCAGCUUGAAGAACUGAGUGGGCGGGGAAACGACGCUGAUAGGCUGCAGCCGCAUUCCCGCUGAGCUUGCGUAGACUGAAUCAGGAACUGGAUGUAGAAAAGAUUUCUCUAUCUGGGAAAAAUGGCGAAGAAAGAUGCGAGCACUGCAAAGUUACCAGUCGAUCAGUACCGCAAACAGAUCGGAAAGCAGGAUUAUAAGAAAACCAAGCCGGCUUUGCGAGCCACACGACUGAAGGCCGAGGCAAAGAGGAGCGCUCCGGGAAUCAGGGACACCAUCUUGGUGAUCAUGGCCGUGCUGGUCUUCCUGCUGGGGGUUUACGCCUUCUUCUACCUCAACCUGAGCACCGAGCUGAACCUGGACACGGACCUGGACUAAAGAACCCGAAAGAGCACAAAGGAAUCUGCGAGAAUGGAGGCUGUGUUACAAUCAGAACGUGUUCUACUCCAACAGAACCUCUCAGUGCCCUUCUUGCCUGCUAAGAACCCAGCGAUUGGACCCUAGGUUUUGUCUUUGAAGAUGCUGACCAUCUGCUUUUGCACAUGUUAUGAAUGGUAAUACUUUCCUAUGGGAUUAAAAGUUAAUUAAUUGAGGGUUGUUACUCAAAAUCCAGGUUACCAUAUGUGGCUUUUAGGAGUCUAAGGAGUGAACCACGAUUAAGUCUUUCCUUGCUUAAUGCUAUUUUUUUCUGUUCCAGUGCUUUCUUUGUUUUUAUAUCUUCUGGGAUUUAUGGAAAUCUUUCAGUGUUUUUUUUCUCCACAGCUCAGGAUAUUAAAGACGUAAGGCCAACUGAGUGUGUCUGAAGAAUACUGUGUGUGUGUGUCUGUGUAGAGGCAUUGCCCAUCUUAUUAGAACCUUAAAUAAUCACUGUCUACGAAUCGCUAGCAAUAAAAGACAUCAUUUUGUCAUGAAGAUCUUAGUGUGCUCUCUGCUUAUAAUAGUCUGUGAGCCCUCUGUUACUUAAGAACCUGCAUGGUUCAUGUGUAUACAUGUGGGAAAUAUAAUGCUUGACAUUCCAGAUGAAUUUUGAUUUUUUUUGUAUAUUGGAAUUCAUGCAAACAUUCAGAACUGACUUGUUUUAGUCCAGAGUCUGGAAGUUGGAUAACGGUAUUAUUGCCUGUGUGAAACUUCUUUUGCUCAGGAUUAGUGUUCAGCACAUUUUGCUAGGAAGGAUCACUGUUUUCAUCAGUGGAUGUUCAAUUCAAAGAAAUGUAUUUGUACUCCAUUUGUUUUGAAGGAUUUUGAUGGACCACAAUAAAACAUGAACUGUUUAUGAAUGUA